AUGGACCCAUACGCUCACCCUUCCCCUCAGCCACCGCGCCGCAUGCGCCCCCGCUGCCCGCAGUGCGGCUCGCGCCGCUUCCGCCGCGACGCCGUGUCCGGCCUCGUCGUCUGUCAGGACGGCCACGUGCUUCAGGGCUUCCGUGACGAGCUCGCAGACGACGAGGACGGCGCUGCAGAGCGCGCCUCGACGCGCAUUCGCUACCGCAGAAAGGGUAGGAGCAACAGGAGCGCCGAAAAGCGCCGCGCUGCCGCGCUGCAGCAGCCGAAACAGAUCUACGGCCUGCACGCUGCCUUCCGCGGCUAUCAGUGUCUGCAGCUGAUGCUCCGUCUGCAGCUCGACGCGCUCCGCACUCUCUUUCCGCGCCUCCCGCAUGCCCAGCUCGAGGCGGCCGCACGCGAGUACUGGACUCUCUUCCUGUACAUCAUCGAGAACGACGACGCGCCGGAGCCCGCGCGGUACCGCCUCAGCGCCAUGCCCGUCGCGGACCCGGUCUCCCCGCCGCUGUCGCCGCACCCGCAUCACGUGGACGACGGGUACGGCGAUGACGAUGGGCACUCCGCAUACUCUUUCGCGUCGUCCACGCGCUAUACCUCACAUGGAGCGGAGACAGACCGCAGCAGCCAGCACAGCCCGAGCUCCAGUCGAAGGAGUCACGGCCGCAGCCGCUCGCGCAGCCGGUCCCGCAGCGCAAUCGAGGCGACCCUUGCGGCGCUCCACGCUCGCCAGAAGCAGCGGCUAGAAAGCCAGAACCAACGGCAGCAGCAGUCGAGCAUCGCUCCCGACACAGACGACGAUGUCGACUUGCACCCUGACUCGGAUUUGGAGUCGCAGGCACGCUCGGAUGUGUCCGCGCGUCGACGCAAACCAGCACACCUUCAGGGGCGCGCACGCGCACCCCGGCGAGUAUCCGUUUUCACCGGCUUCCGACGCCCUCCUGCCAAAUCGGACGCAGCCUCCAACUCGGAAGAAACGGACAGCAGCGUCGACCAAGGGGCCACAACGGACGGUGCCUCCUCCAAGCACGGCGGCUACUCGAGCCGUGGCUUCGCUUCUUCUUCCUCGUAUUCCAUCGAGGCUGAAACAACGAAUUCUGAGCGCAGCCGCCGCCGCAGCAGCAACAAAAAACGCAGCAGCGGCCGGGCGCGCGGCGGGCAUCCACUGGGCGAGUACGCGAGCAUCGCCAAGCGCUCGGCCCUGCUCGACAACACGCUCUGCAUCCUGUACCUCUCGCUCUGGACGCUGCGCAUCCCGCUGCAUCUGGGCGACCUGCGGCGCCUGCUGCUGGCUCGCCGCCUCCCGUACCUCGACGCGCAGCAGCACCUCCCGCGUGCGUUGGUACACCAACUCAACGCGUCCGCCGUGCGCCACUUCGGCCUCGACGCGGCGCGCGUGCCUCCCUCUGAGGCGCUGUACGCCGCCGUGCGCGGCUUCGCGCGCCAAAUCGCUGCCGUCACCAACAUCCGCCUCCCGCCGCUGAAUGUCGCGCCGGUACUGUGGAGCUGCACGCGCCGCAUGCUCUUGCCGCCUUCCGUCUACGUUGCGGCAAAGGCGCUGCUCAUCUUUUGCGAUUUUCUCCCUCAUCUUUCUGUCGAGUUCGCGCGUGCUGCAGCGCUCCUCGACAGAUCCAACGCGGCAGCGGAAGCGAAGGAAAAUGUGGGCAGCAACGGCGAGAACAACAUGGAUGCCGCGGGCAGCGCUGCGGAGACACGUUGGAAUGCACCGCUCGUCAAGAGUACGCUGAGCAAAAAGACGUGGGCGAUGCCCAGAGAAGUUCUGCUCGUCGCUGCGAUUGUCGUCGUGCUCAAGAUGCGCUACGGGCUUGAUGGCCGCAAACGCUAUGAACACCAGGACGGACCCUCUGCAGGAAUGCCGAAGCUCAAUGUGUGGCUGCGAGCAAUGCAAGAAGUGACAGCUGCGAUGGAGGCGGACCCAAGCGCGGCAUAUAACCCAUCUUGCGAUGUCCUCGAUAUGAGCGAAGAGCAGUUGGACGCGUUUUUAGACCACGCGGAAGACACUCUAGUACUCAAGAACGAAGCUGUCAUGCACCGAGCACGCAACGCAAAUGAGACGCAAAGCUUCCUCAAGUUUACAUCUCCAGCCAGCUCGCGCACGAGCGACCCGAGCUCAACAGCAGCGCGAGAGCUGCAAGCGCGGGAAGAGCAUUUGCAACGAGCGAUGGCCAGCCUGUACGAUUCACCGCACUCCGUGCCAGCGUCCGCGUCUUUGUCGUCGUCUCUUGGGGCAGACGGGCGGCUCAAGUGCGGUCAGGCAUACCGUGCGUACGUCAUGCCUGUCCCGCACGAGGACGAUGGGCAGCUCCCAGAGGAGCUGCAGCUCGUGCUGGAGAUUGGCGCCGACGUCGCUGGCUGUGAGGUCGAGACGCUCAAUCGAGCUCUGGUCGCCAUCGAGUCAGCGCUUCGGAGCAAAGUGUGCAAGAAGCCUGCGUCGAUUACGCGUGGCAAUGCUUUCCCCGCUUAA